GACACAGUGCUUGUCUGAGGGGCUGAGCCAUCCUCAUCACGAGUUAUUUCCUGAAUGCAGCCAGCGAUGGCCACCCCCGUUGUUUCCCUUGUUCGGAUCUUGGGAGGGAGGCAAAGCAGUGGUUAUCAUCCUCACUCUGCAGAUGAGGCAACUGAGGCCCAGAGAAGGGGAGGGAUCAGUCUAACCCGAGUGCCCCAAGUCUGCUAAUGUCGGCAAUCAUGGAAACAGCCCGAGCACCGCUAGGCCUGCCGGUCCCCGGGGCCCCUGAGUGGGAGGUGCUGUGCUGAAAGCUUCAGUUCUGGGGGGUGGGAGCAACAGCCAGUUGGCGCUUGGGGUGCCCUGCUUUACCUCGCUCUUAGCAAGGAGGGCAGGUAGGGGCUAAGGGUGUAGUCCUUAAGUUGGGAACAAACCCGACUCGGUGGCUGCCUGCAGGCUGCAUAUUGGGCCACAGAGGAUCCCGCAAGGAUGAAGAAAUGGGGUAGCUCAGACUUGGGGGAGUCUGAGGACCCACUCCAACAAGACUUCUGCCCAGACCCCCUGGAUGGAGACCCUGACUCCAAGCCACCUCCAGCCAAGCUCCACUUCUCCACGGCCAAGAAGCGCACCAGGCUCUUUGGGAAGGGCGACUCGGAGGAGAAGUCCUCCAUGGACGGCUCUUAUGAGGAAGGCGAGCUGGCCUCCUGCCCGACCAUCACAGUCAGCCCAGUUGUCAUCGUCCAGCGGCAUGGGGAUGGCCCCACCUGUGCCAGGCAGCUGUCCCAGGACUCUGUCCCUGCUGGCGCCGAGAAGAUCCUCAAGCUGUAUGAUCGCAGGAGGAUCUUCGAAGCCGUCGCUCAGAAUAACUGCCAGGAGCUGGAGAGCCUGCCCCUCUUCCUGCAGAAGAGCAAGAAGCAGCUCACCGACAGCGAGUUCAAAGACCCCGAGACAGGGAAGACCUGUCUGCUGAAAGCCAUGCUCAACCUGCACGACGGGCAGAACGACACCAUCCCCCUGCUGCUGGAGAUCGCCCGGCAGACGGACAGCCUGCGGGAGUUUGUCAAUGCCUGCUACACGGACAGCUACUACAAGGGCCAGACGGCACUGCACAUUGCCAUUGAGAGGCGGAACAUGGCGCUGGUGACCCUCCUGGUGGAGAAUGGAGCAGACGUCCAGGCUGCGGCCAACGGAGAUUUCUUUAAGAACACCAAAGGGCGGCCUGGCUUUUACUUUGGUGAGCUGCCCCUCUCCCUGGCCGCAUGCACCAACCAGCUGGCCAUCGUGAAGUUCCUGCUGCAGAACUCCUGGCAGCCAGCUGACAUUAGUGCCAGGGACUCCGGGGGCAACACGGUGCUGCAUGCACUGGUGGAGGUGGCCGACAACACGGUCGACAACACCAAGUUUGUGACAACCAUGUACAACGAGAUUCUGAUCCUGGGGGCCAAACUCCACCCUACGCUGAAGCUGGAGGAGCUCACCAACAAGAAGGGCAUGACACCACUGGCCCUGGCCGCUGGCAGCGGGAAGAUCGGGGUCUUGGCCUACAUUCUCCAGAGGGAGAUCCAGGAGCCUGAGUGCAGGCACCUGUCCAGGAAGUUCACCGAGUGGGCCUACGGGCCUGUGCACUCCUCGCUCUACGACCUGUCCUGCAUCGACACCUGCGAGAAGAACUCGGUGCUGGAGGUGAUUGCCUACAGCAGCAGUGAGACCCCCAACCGCCACGACAUGCUCUUGGUGGAGCCGCUGAACCGACUCCUGCAGGACAAGUGGGACAGAUUUGUCAAGCGCAUCUUCUACUUCAACUUCUCCGCCUACUGCUUGUAUAUGAUCAUCUUCACCGUUGUCGCCUACCACAGGCCUGUGGAUGGCUUGCCUCCGUUUAAGAUGAAAAACACCGUCGAAGACUAUUUCCGAGUCACUGGAGAAAUUCUGUCUGUGGCAGGGGGAGUCUACUUCUUUUUCCGAGGGAUUCAGUAUUUCCUGCAGAGGCGGCCAUCCGUGAAGGCCUUGUUUGUGGACAGCUACAGCGAGAUGCUUUUCUUUGUACAGUCACUGUUCAUGCUGGGGACCGUGGUGCUGUACUUCAGCCACCGGAAGGAGUACGUGGCUUCCAUGGUGUUCUCCCUGGCCUUGGGUUGGAUCAACAUGCUCUACUACACCCGCGGCUUCCAGCAGAUGGGCAUCUAUGCUGUCAUGAUCGAGAAGAUGAUCCUGAGAGACCUGUGUCGUUUCAUGUUUGUCUACGUCGUUUUCUUGUUUGGGUUUUCCACAGCGGUGGUGACACUGAUCGAGGACGGGAAGAACGACUCCGUGUCGACUGAGUCCACAUUGCACAAGGGGCGGGGGCAUAGCUGCAGGCCAUCCGACAGCUCCUACAACAGCCUGUACUCCACGUGUCUGGAGCUGUUCAAGUUCACCAUCGGCAUGGGUGAUCUGGAGUUCACUGAGAACUACGACUUCAAGGCUGUCUUCAUCAUCCUCCUACUGGCCUACGUGAUUCUCACCUACAUCCUCCUGCUCAACAUGCUCAUCGCCCUCAUGGGCGAGACUGUCAACAAGAUCGCACAGGAGAGCAAGAACAUCUGGAAGCUGCAGAGAGCCAUCACCAUCCUGGACACGGAGAAGAGCUUCUUGAAGUGCAUGCGGAAGGCCUUCCGCUCGGGCAAGCUGCUGCAGGUGGGGUACACACCUGACGGCAAGGACGACUACAGGUGGUGCUUCAGAGUGGAUGAGGUGAACUGGACCACCUGGAACACCAAUGUGGGCAUCAUCAAUGAAGACCCGGGCAACUGCGAGGGCGUCAAGCGCACCCUGAGCUUCUCCCUGCGGCCAGGCAGAGCUUCAGGGAGAAACUGGAAGAACUUUGCCUUGGUUCCCCUUUUAAGAGAUGCAAGUGCCCGAGACAGACACUCUGCUCAGCCUGAGGACGUGCAUCUGAAGCAGUUUUCGGGGUCCCUUAAGCCAGAAGAUGCCGAGGUCUUCAAGAAUCCCACUGCUUCCGGGGAGAAGUGAGGACCGCACACGGGGCACUCUCUGUGCUGGGCCCUCGGAGACCUCACUACCACGGGGGCUGUUGGGGAGCACCAGUGCUCUGUCAGCCGCCUGGCCCGCUCCGUGCCUGCCCAGAACUUCCUUGCCUAAGACUGCACUGGACAAGCUGUGGGAAGCAUUGUCCCAUACACGGGAAGAGAUGCACCUCCAACCAUCACUGUCCCCAAGUGAAUCUCCUAACAG